AAAGAGUGGGUUUUCUUGCCACACAAAACAGUUCCCGGAAAAGUGAUUCAUAAAGAAAUCAUCAUCAUUUGAGGUUAUGUUUCCAUUCAAUUUUCUCAUUCAUCCCUAGCAACCCUGGAAAGCCUCUGUAAGCACAUCUGUUACAUUAAUCCCCUUUCCAACUCACUGUUUCCUCGGUUUUUUAUCAUUAGAGCACUUUCUGGUCGCUUUAAGUGGGCGUAAACGACGUGAAUCGAUCCCAAAAUGACACUUUCAUGAAUAGUGCGCAGCUGGAAAAUUCACCAAAUCUCUGCUGGAAGAGCACAAAUUUGCAUUUCUCUCACGAACCAGCGAUGACUUUAUUGAGUAAAAUGCUUUUCUUUUAGAUAUAACACACUUCUCAACGCCUCAAUCUACUACAGGGCGCCGCAAAUGCUGUAACAAUUACACAAUACGAUGCUGAACUUUUGGCACCAUUGUCGGCGUGCCCGCAAUUGAAAAACCAAUUUUCUCGUCAAAUAAAGUCACUUACCACCACAAAAAACUAAAUAUUCUCUUACACCACAGUGCAGCAAAGCAUUUUCAAUUGGAUUUACUCGGUUUUUGCGCCUUCUAGGGGUCUUUUCUGAGCGAAAUCUGCGAAACACUUGUCUGAAGGCUUUUGCGAAAAAGACAAAAUGGCUACUGCUUGACAGCGCCGCCUCGGGGGGAGCGCGAUAAGACUGAACGAAGGACAUUUUCUUCGUCAAAUCGGGACGUUUGUUGUUUGCGUGCGGUGUGCGUGCGAAGAGUGAGCUUCUUCACAGGCGUUUCUCACUGUGAAAAUCAAGCAGUGGACUCGAGAAGGGCAUCAAAUCGUGAAAUUCAGCGGGUACUUGAGUCGCGGACGGUGGAGGAUUAUUGCUAAAGCGGGUGUGAGGGGGUGAAAAAGACAAGAGAUUCCCAGAAUGACAACAAUGGCGGCGACUCCAAACCAGAAGACCGGCACUGGAUGGCCGCGGAGGAAUAGCCAGGGAAACGCCGCACAGCCGGCGACUCCGGAGGCGCAGCAGCCGAAAUUGGCUCUCAAUCAAUCUGUUACGAUCAACAGAACCAUUAAUUUAUAUCCCCUGACCAACUACACAUUCGGCACGAAGGAGCCGCUGUUCGAGAAGGACCCCUCGGUGCCGGCCAGGUUCCAGCGGAUGCGCGACGAGUUCGACCGCAUCGGCAUGAGGCGAUCCGUGGAGGGCGUUUUGCUGGUGCAUGAGCACGGAUUGCCGCACGUUCUGCUGCUUCAGUUGGGCACGACGUUCUUCAAGCUGCCCGGCGGCGAGCUGAACGCCGGCGAGGACGAGGUGGACGGCCUCAAGAGACUCCUCACUGAAACACUCGGCCGGCAGGAUGGCGUGAAGCAGGAGUGGAUCGUGGAGGACACCAUCGGCAACUGGUGGAGGCCAAACUUCGAACCGCCUCAGUAUCCAUAUAUUCCGCCCCAUAUCACCAAACCCAAGGAACACAAACGUUUGUUUCUCGUGCAACUCCACGAAAAGGCCGUGUUUGCCGUGCCGAAGAACUACAAGCUAGUUGCAGCCCCGCUCUUUGAGCUGUACGACAAUUCGCAGGGCUACGGACCGAUAAUCUCGUCACUGCCGCAGGCGCUGUGCAGGUUCAACUUCAUCUACAUGGCCAAUUGACUAGGACUGGGCGCUCCCGAUGGCGCAGAUCCGGAGGGCUGAUGAGAGCAGACGCUGAAGGUUCAAUAAAAGGCAUUUUGUGUGCCACUGCAA